UUGGGGGCCCUGAGAAUCGAAGAAAAAGGAGAAAAAUGGGUAUGGUGGUGGUGAUUUCGCUGCCUUUUAUUCUCUUCUCCAUCCUACUUGGUUUUGGAUGUUACUUCUUCGGAAGAGCCAAAGGAAGACAGGAGGUUCAGACCAAUGGUCUAGUUUAUGGGGUACCCACUCCAUCACCAGGGAGUACAGGAGCACCUAAAUCUUACCCCUCGCCUCUUCCAACACAUUCCAAGCCUGACAACUCUGCCAAUGUUUAA